AUGUUGUUCAAAAUCAAAACAUUUCUCUAUGAUGCAAUCAAACAUAUUGUUGAUGAUAAUGGCACCGUACAAUAUCGUCUAUUGCAUAAUAUUGAUGUUUCGCUUUAUGUUUAUUGGUUGAUACGAGGAUUAAUGUUCUCAUUAAUCUUUAUAGAUCCAGAACGUUUUCCAUUAUAUCGAUAUGAUUAUAUAUCAUUAUAUAUAUGGAAUCAUCAAAAAAUUCUUAAUAAAUUUUUUGUCUUGAUUGUCAUAUUAUUCAUAUUUACUGGAUUUCUUGGUAUACGAACAUUUUUCUUUAACAAUGUGGAUGAACUUAGCUUUCGAUUAUUGUAUGAUUGUAUCGUAUAUAAUACGGAUCAAUAUUAUAAAAGUCGAGAUACGGAUGAAAAUAUUGCCAUGAAAUUGUCACAACGUUUCGAGGAUUAUCAACAACGAUUUGCUCGUAAUCAUCGUUUAUUAUCGAAAAUAAUUCCACCAUUCUUGGUGAAUCGUUUGUUCAGAAUUCGUGUUUGCAUCGAUUCAUGGUUGCAAAUGGAUCGUGUCGACAAGGAUUUGUUUGAAAAUCAAAACAAAAUGCGUUUGUUUCCUAAUGCACCACUAAAAGGACGUAAUUAUAUAUUAUUAUUCGUAUUGAUUAUGGAUUUCUGCAAUUAUUGUUUGCACAUUUUCAUCAUGUUGACUAUUUUAAUUAGCGGAGUCAUAGUUAUUUAUUUUCAAAUUUCACAAUUUGAUAUUGUACAAAAUUCAUUUGUAUUGAAAUUAUGUUUAAUGAUUGAAGUGAUAUUAUUCACACAUAAUACAUUUGUAAUGCUUCAAUGUGCAAUGCUACUAUCCGGUACAAUGUUGGCAUCAUUUAAUGCAUAUUACAAUCAAUUGGCUUAUAUGAAUCAAAAUUUUAAGAAAAUUAUAAAAAAUUCAAAAACAAAUCAAAGACAAAUCAAUAUGUUGAAAGAACUCCGAUUCAUUAAUAAUGAACAUAAUACAUUGUCAUAUUAUAUAAUAUAUUCUGAUAAAAGUACAUGGAGCCAGGCGCUUUACUAUUAUGCAUUGGUUAGCCUUCCGAUUAAUGUAUUAUUUAUGUGCGAAUUAAUCUUUGAAGAUAUGCCGGCGCAAACACAAUUUGUAUUCAUAUUGAUUUCAUUGAUACAUGCCAUUUCUGGUCUUUUACCAUUCAUGACCACAGCACAUGUUUCCAGUGCUUUUCAUAAAAUCAAAGAUUAUAUACCAGCUAUGCAGCUCCAAUUGAAUCGUUCGACACAUCUUCGUAUGAAAUUGAAAUAUGAUGAUCUCUAUGAACGUUUGAUGUCUGGUAAAAAAAUUGCCUUCACAUUUGGCUACCUAGGUAAUCUGACGUAUCGCGGCUUAUUCGAAGCAUUUCUUGGCUAUAUUGCAGCUUUCUUUAUGAUCAUGGGUUUCUAUUUGCGAGAACAUUCAACAUGAAUAAUUAUGAUUUGAUCAACUAAUGAUGAUGAUGAUUCUGUAUAAUUCUAUUACUUUUAACCUUUAAUUUUGAAUCAUUUGUUAUUUCCAUAUUACGUUUGUCUUUAUUUAUGUGUGUAGUAGUG